UCAAACUUACAACGGUACACUGCCUACCCCCACCCCCUCUUCCCCCAAAUUCCUUUCUCAUCUCUCUCCCUUCUCACUUUCCUCUCGUCUUACCAUCGUGGAAGUCUGUUCUUGGUGCUGCUGUUCCAUCGCCGAUCUUUAGCCGGACUUCGCAUUCAAUUUCAUCAAUAAUGCCGUUGUUUUCUGAAUCAACGACGAGCGCGGUCAAAACCCGGUUUGGGUACCACCAGAAUCAGCAGCCGGACGCGGCGGACUCGGGGCUGGCGCUGAUGAAGAGCUCCAGCACUCCGGAUCUGUUCUCGAAAUCAGCUUCCAGGGAUAUUUUCUUGUUGCAGUCUUCUUGCAAGGACAAGUCAUCUAAACCCGAUGACGUUGAAACCACGUCGUGUCCUGCUACUCGCAGUUUUGAAUUUCGUGAAGAUCCCAACUUCUGGAAGGAGCACAAUGUUCAGGUGAUUAUACGGCUACGUCCUUUGAGUAGCUCUGAGAUAUCACUUCAAGGCCAUAGUAGAUGUGUGAGGCAAGAGAGUUCACAGACAAUUACAUGGACGGGGCAUCCAGAGUCCCGAUUUACAUUUGACCUUGUGGCUGAUGAAAGUGUUAGCCAGGAAAUGUUAUUUAAAGUAGCUGGGUUGCCAAUGGUAGAGAAUUGCGUGGAAGGAUAUAACAGUUGCAUGUUUGCUUAUGGCCAAACUGGAAGUGGGAAAACCCACACAAUGCUUGGAGACAUUGAGGGAGGUGCCCGAAGACACAGCGUCAAUUGUGGGAUGACACCUAGAGUUUUUGAGUAUUUGUUCUCCAGAAUUCAAAAGGAAAAGGAUGUCCGCAGGGAGGAAAAACUAAAAUUUACUUGUAGAUGUUCUUUCUUAGAAAUCUACAAUGAGCAGAUUCUUGACCUUUUGGAUCCUUCAUCUGUCAAUUUACAGAUCAGAGAAGACAGUAAGAAAGGUAUUUAUGUAGAAAAUGUCACUGAGGUAGAAGUCUCAAGUGCCCGUGAUGUGAUCCAACAGCUUAUUCAGGGUGCAGCCAACAGAAAGGUAGCUGCAACUAACAUGAAUCGUGCUAGCAGUCGUUCUCAUAGUGUGUUCACAUGCAUCAUAGAGAGUAAGUGGGAAUCACAGGGGGUAACUCAUCACCGGUUUGCUCGCCUUAAUCUUGUGGACUUAGCAGGAUCUGAAAGGCAAAAGAGCUCUGGUGCAGAAGGUGAACGUUUGAAGGAAGCUACUAAUAUCAACAAGUCUCUUUCUACAUUAGGACUUGUCAUAAUGAACCUUGUGAGCAUAUCCAAUGGGAAAUCACAACACGUCCCUUACAGAGAUUCCAAACUCACUUUUUUGCUUCAGGAUUCAUUGGGAGGAAAUGCCAAAACAAUUAUCAUAGCAAACAUUAGUCCCUCUAGCUGUUGCUCGCUAGAGACACUGAGCACAUUAAAGUUUGCCCAGCGUGCCAAAUUUAUAAAAAAUCAUGCUAUCGUUAAUGAAGAUGCUUCUGGAGAUGUGCUGGCUUUGAGGCUUGAGAACCAAAAUCUCAAGAAAGAAGUAUCUCGUUUGAGGAGCCUGCUGAAUGGAGGAGCUGAAAGCCAUGAUGGUGAUGCCUUAUCAAUAACAUUUCCAGGAUCUCCAGGAUCCUUUAAAUGGGAUGGAUAUCAUGGUUUUUCCAGUCCACUUAUUUCUGAGAAAAAAAUGCCGCAUCUUCAUAAAAAAGAAUAUGAAGUUGCCCUUGUCGGAGCUCUCCGAAGGGAAAAGGAUAAAGACACUGCGCUGCAAGCUUUGGCAGCAGAGAAUCAGGCAGCUCUGCAGCUGGCCAAACAAAGAGAAGAUGAGAUUCAAGGUCUAAAGAUGCGAUUAAGAUUUCGAGAAGCAGGAAUAAAGAGAUUAGAAGCUGUUGCUUCUGGAAAGAUCUCUGCUGAGACUCACUUGCUUAAGGAAAGAGAGGAGCAUUUAAAGGAAAUAGAGGUACUGCGUGCCCAGGUAGACCGUAACCAGGAGGUAACAAGAUUUGCUAUGGAGAAUUUACGGCUGAAAGAAGAGAUCAGAAGACUGAAGUCAUUUUGUGAGGAAGGUGAACGGGAAAGAAUUAAUGAACAGAUAACGACAUUGGAAAACAAGUUGCUAGAAGCUCUUGAUUGGAAACUCAUGCACGAAUCGGAACCCGCAAACACUCAGAGUGACAGUAACUUUCUGAGUUUUAAUCAGGAACCCUCUUCACCUUGGCGCACAUCAAUUAAUGAGGAGAAUGAGUUCCUGCGCAUGCAGGCUAUUCAGAACCAAUCAGAGCUCGACUCACUUCGCAAAAGACUAGACUUCUGUGUUGGUGAGAAAGAAAAGUUAGAAAGACAUGUCAAUGACUUGGCAAAAGAGCUUGAGGCGGAGCGAUUGUCAAAAGAAGCCUUAGCUGAGGAGGCACAGAAGGGACAAACUAAACUUAUUUCUUUGAUGAAUGUCCCCAAUGUUGGACAAAGUGAAACAGAACUUAAAACUAUGGUUGAUGCAAUUGCAGCUGCCAGCCAACGAGAAGCAGAAGCACAUGAAAUGGCAGUUUUCUUGUCCAAAGAAAAUGAUGAAUUGAGGAUGAAGCUUAAGGUCUUAAUUGAGGAUAAUAACAAAUUGAUUGAUUUGUAUGAAAGGGCGGUUGCAGAAAACAGUAAAAAGAUCAGUAAUAGUUCGCUAAAUCCUCAGAAUGAUACAAUUGAAGAUCAGAAUUAUCACCUUACUAAAGUAGCUGAGGAGAAGGAACAGGAGAUGCAAGGAGAACUUGAGAAGCUAAAAUGUCAGCUUACGGAAAUGCAUGAAGAAAAUGAUAAGUUAUUGAGUCUGUAUGAGAAGGCCAUGCAAGAGAGGGAUGAGUUCAAAAGAGUUAUAGCUUCUGGUCAACAUAAGAAUGUAGAUGACGAAAAAGGAGACUUCACCUGUCCAGAAAAGCUUGUUGAAGUUGAUGGAGGCCAAUGUCUUGGGUCUGGUGAAGCUUCUCUUUCCUUUGAGAACGAAUAUGAAAGGGAGGAAACGGGGUCCGUUGGACCUCAUGUCGUGGAUGAAAAUAAGGACCUUCGUUCAGAGGAUCAUCCAGUGCCCAUCAGUGAGAGUUUACUGGAGGAAAGUUGCUUGUAUGAAGUACAUGUGCAGGAUGAUUGUAGCCAAUGUUUGAUAGAUUCACAGACAAGCAAUUACUGUGACUCAGAUGAAGCAGAUAGGACAUCGCUUGCAGAAGUUGUCAGGAGCGACAUGCCAAACUCAAUUGAACAGAACAGGACGGAAAUAGAUGAAUUAAAUGAACCUGAAGAACAAGAAGAAAGUUACAAGUUGACAGUGAAUACUAGCAUCCGGACACUUGAUGCAUCAGCUGAGUCCAAUGAAUAUGACCAGGAUAGUCAUAUGAACACUGUUGAUCCUUCUGCAGGAACUAACUUGGAGAUUCAGGAAAAUCCACCAAAUACAAUUGCUGUGCACGUGUGUAAAGAUCUGAGUUCAAUAAGAGAGAAGCUUGUUGAAGCCCAAGCAAAACUUUCAUACUCUGCACAAACAGUAACUAUGUUUGGUUCACUUGAGAGAGCAAUGAUCGAGGUGGAUGCACUCUCAGAAAAAAUCAGGAAACUGGAAUGUAAUCUUCAGGCCAAAGAGCAGGAGUUUAAGUAUCUCAAAGCUCUUUCUUCAGAGCUGCAGGAGAAAAAAGAUCUGGCUAACAAGAAACUAUCGGCCAUAAAGCAAUCGUUGACAAGCUUUUCUUCUUCAGUUAGUUACUUUGAACAGCGUGAGGCUCUGGCGAGAUCAAGAUUCAAUGCUUCUUCAGAACAUCUAACCCAAAAGAAAGAAGAGUUGACCCGUCUUCAGUUGUCCAGGCAAGAAUUUAUGGAUGCUCUUUUGAAGAUUAAACAAGCGAAAACUGAACUAGAAGACAGCCUUGAGAACUUGAGAUCAAAAGUGGAGGAAGAGAACCGGAAACUGGAAAGUGAAAGAGUACUCUUUGCAAUAGACAAUGUUGAGAAACCAGCUAGUGAACUCUCACAGAGGAAUUGGCAGGUGACCGGCAAUGCUACUGCGUUGCUCAAAUCUGAGGAAGAGAAAACUAAGCUACAAAACCAAAUAAAGCUGAACAAGGAAAAACUCAGGGAUGUGAGGAAGGAAGCUGAAGCUAUGACUGGGAAAUUGGGAAAGAUAGAAAAUGAAAUACAAGUUCUUGAAGUCGAGGUGCAGAAAGAGACGUUGUCUGUUGAAGAAAUGAACCGCAAGCUUCAGAGUAUCGUUCAGGAGAAAGAAAUACUUUUGGAGGUUCAAAAAAACGGAAAAGAAGAAUUCGAGAGCAUGAUUCUUGAGUACCACCAGAGCUUGUUCGAGGCAGACCUGAAGGAGGACGAAAAAAAAAUCAUGCACCAAGAACUGCUAGUGGAGUCUAGAGAAAUAGAAGGUGUACAAAGAGCGAAAGCUGAAGCUACAAGGAGAAAGGCAGAGCUGCUCGAAGCCAUAUCGUGCAACACAUGCUUCGUGUCCGAUAAGGUGGAGGCAGAUCUUCGUAACAUACAAACUUCGGUCGUGGAAUUGAACUCUAUCCUUGAACAAUGUGGUUCAAUGGAGUCCCAAUUCUCUGUAAAUCUCUGAACUGUGUGAAUUUGUUGAAUUGUAUGUCAUUAAUUAAAAUUUAGUGAUCACUGAAUAGUGAUGUCUCAUUU